AGGUUGACGAUUACCUGGAUCUGAAAUCUACCGCUAUCUUUGGGAGGAUAGAGUGAGAGAUUACAGAGGGAGAAAGAGACAGAGAAGAGUGAAAGAGUGAAAAGAGUGAGUAAGAGAGUGAGAGUGUGUUUGCAGUAGCCACCAAAUCCCGCUCGUUAGACUCCAAAAUCUACUGCUAGCCAGAUUAUCAGUGUUCUUCGGCGGAAUACAGUCCCCUUCUUGAACCCCUCACUCUCACAUUACAUUACCCACCGCCACUACUCUACCAUUUCCCUCUUCUCUCCCUGUGCAACUCAUGGAUUCUUAUGAAGCUACGAAUAUAGUGCUCACCAAAAUCAAGAAUCUUGACCCCGAAAAUGCCUCUAAAAUCAUGGGUUUUCUACUCAUUAGCCUAGAAGAGAGUGAAUUGGUACAAUUGUGCUGUACUCCUGACCAUGUUCUUCGCUCGCUAAUUCUCAGGGCCAAGUCCCAACUUGGUCUUUCGAGUAACUCCUCGACUUCCUCUGCUAUCCCUUCGCCUCCCUCUCCUCUUAACCCCAUAGCCAGACCUACUACUAGCAACCCAUUUUCGCAGUCGUCGCCGAGAAUCGGUGACAAUGGUUUUGACUUCAGUAGGAACCCAUCUUCACCGUCUUCGCAUUCUUGGGUAUUUUCUGGGUUGCCGAACAGCCCCAUUAGCCCAAACUCAAGCACUUUACUCUCCUAUAAGAAUAUACGUGCUGGGUUUCCGAACGACCCCACUAACAAUGUUAAAGACUUCGUUGAUGAGCACCAAAUGAACGAUUACUUGUCCUUUCUAAACGAGUCCUCCUCUAAGAGUGAGGAUUUUGUCGAUCCGAGGCUUCAACCGGGACAUGGGGUUAACAAUUGGCAAUCUGUCAACAAUGGCGAUGUUGUUCCUUUUCAUAGGAGGUGUUUCUCGGCGAGCGAUGUGUGUUUUGACCCUGAAGAAGCAGGUCCGGGAAUUGGGCAUAAGCUCUGCCUUUAUUAUGCGAGGGGCCACUGUAAAAAUGGCAGCAAUUGCAAGUUUGUGCAUGGCGUUUUGCCAGAUUCACUGGAUGCUCCCAUUGUUGGUUCUCCAAGUAGGUUUGAGGGGUUCGAACAGCGUGAGGAGUUUAUGAGAUUGAAGGCCUUACGGCAAAGAAUGAUGACUUCAUCGCGUCUCACGGCUGGGGUGUCACCUUCUUCACACGAUCAGUACUUGAACUUUUUGAUGCAGCACCAAAAUGAUCCUCAAAGCCAGAGAGCCGCAGCGUCAUUAAUGAUGGGUGAAGAGUUUAUCCCCUUUGGAAGAGGCAGGCCGGAAAGGAAUGACUUUUCUGCUAUGAUAUCAGCAGAGAGACUGAACUCUGCUUCCAGACAGAUUUAUUUGACAUUUCCUGCGGAGAGCACGUUUAAAGAUGAAGAUGUUUCAGAUUACUUCAGCCAAUUUGGCCCUGUGCAAGAUGUGAGGAUUCCGUACCAGCAAAAGCGAAUGUUUGGCUUUGUUACUUUUGUCUACCCAGAGACUGUAAGAGUAAUACUAGCCAAAGGGAACCCGCAUUUUAUCUGUGAUUCGCGUGUGCUUGUCAAGCCCUACAAGGAGAAGGGAAAAGCCCCAGAGAAGAGACAGCAACACCAACAGCAGCAGUUUGACAGGGGAGAUUUUUCACCAUCUUUGAGUCCUAUGGGGUUUGAUUCCAAAGAACCUUAUGAUCACGUUGGAGCAAGAAUGUUCUAUAGUCCACAGGAGAUCCUUUUAAGAAAGCAAUUGGAGCAGCAUGAGUUGCACAAAGCCAUUGAACUUCAAGGGAGAAGGUUGAUGAAUCUGCAGCUUCCAGACUUCAAGAAUAACCCCAUACACCAUCACCAUCGCAGUCUCUCUGUUGGUUCUUCUCUGCCCUUACCACAACUUAAUAGUAACAUUAGUAAUGCAGUUCUUACUCCUGAUAGCAUUAAGGGAGAUGUUACAGGCUAUAGUGGCACCACGGCUCCUGCUAUUUCUUUACCUACUGCUACUUCUCUUUCUGACAUGCAGCAGAAACAGGAAGAUCUUAGUCCACCUGACAUUCAUGAUAAUGUAGGUGGAAACAAAAAGGAUGACCCAAAUACGGAAGUCUUUGGUAAAAAUUUGGAGCAAGUGCUUCCUGAUAGCCUAUCAGCAUCUCCAACAAAUGCAGCAGGAGGUCUGCCCGACUCAUCCGCGUUGCCUGAGUUCAAUGAGAGUGCCGCUAUCUCGACUAGCUCAUCUCCUCAUAACGUAGAACCAUCCUCUAAGUCUGCUGACAUCUCUUCUCGUUGAUUUCCAUUUGAAUUUCAGGCAAUAGAAAUGGCCAUCAGGGGUUGAUUUAUAUUAGGAUUUAUAGAAGCAUACAGAAGAAUCCUCUAGAUGUAUAGCCGAAUACAACCAGAUCAAAGACUAGAUCGUUAGAUAUGAUUCAAGGCAAUACAUACUACUAACAGCCAGUGAUACAUAUUCCAUACUUGGGCAGCCAUGUUAGCUCUUAAGCAAUUUAUCUUUCCUUCUUUUCCCUUUUCAAUCACUGUUCCCUUCCCAAACAGUUUCUGUAGGCUUGCUUGAUCAGACUGGCAUAGAAAUGUACUCUACAUUUACCCCUAAUGUAAUAUAUACAGCUCUUUUUCAUC